AUGCCCCCUCUCCUUCAGAGUGGGGAAGAACUUAAAAAAGAAAUAGAUGUAUUGAAUGCUGAAAAAUAUGAAAAUGAUACUUUAAAUGAUUCAGAAAACUUUGUACAUAUUGAAAAAAAUGUAGAUUUUAGAGAUAGUUCAAAGGGCAGACCUUACAAUUUUAAGUUAAGAAAGUUAUAUUAUUUUUUUAUCAGUAAUAAUAUUGGUGUGCAGCAUAUUUCUCCUGUUGUUGAAGCUGUUUUAAAUAUUUUUGACAUUAAUGUAAGAAAUUUACCAAGUAAAAGUACAACUGCAGUUUUAUCAAGUGAAAUGGGUGUCGUGUCAAGGAAUCAUAUGAAAGAAGAGCUUUUAAACAGUGAAAAUAUAACAAUGCAUAGAGAUGCAACUACAAAAAAAGGGAAACAUUUUUAUGCCUUACAAUUUAAUACAGGAAAUAAAUUUUUAACUGGUGGUAUUAGAGAAGUGUCUGAUGGCAAGGGAGAAACUUAUGUUAAUAGUACUAAAGAAAUGUUAUAUGAUAUUUCAGGUAAAGAAAGUGAUCAAAAAAGUAUUUUAGAAUCUGUAUCUUGUUUUAUGACAGAUAGAAGUUCUACUGAACAAAAAGUUAAUUGUAUUUUAUCAAGUGAAAUUUCUCAUGAUGUUCAUUCUUUUAAAUGUUCUGUGCACCCUCUUUUACAAUUUUCAGAUGUUUGUUUACAAGAAUUUUAUGAUAUUGAAAAAGAAUUAAAUAUUCAUUUUGAUGGACAUUGUAGUACACCAAAGGAUCCUUAUGUUAUGUUUAUUUUAAGAUGUGUAUCAAAAUUGUUUUUUAAAGAUGGAGUGGGUGAUCCACAUUUUACUCGUAUAUUUGUUAGAAGUCAUGGAACAGACAAAGUCCCUCUUAUGGACACAAGAGGAAAUCGUUUUAAUUUGUGUUUUUAUAAUGCUGCUGGUGCAUUUUUUAUUCAUAAACUUCUAUUACAAUAUCUUUUAUCCUCAAAAAGUUCUUUUAAUUUUGUUAUGAAUGCUAUUGUUUCUGCAUUGCAGAGCAAAUUAUUUUUAACAAUUUUAAGAGCUCUUGGUAUUAUUUGUAAAUUUUUAACUGAACCAUACUGGAAAAAGACUUUGGAAGUAUCGAGUAUUGCAAAUAUGAGCACUGUCUAUCAGAGAUUUUUAUAUGUUUUAAAUGUUAUUAAUGAAAACCCUUCUGUAUUGUUGAAUCGGGAAAUUAAACUAUUUGAAGGUCCAGAUUUUUAUGAUCCUGUGUGUGAUUUUUUAUACUCUGUGUCAGUAAAUGAUGAUCUUACCUGUGUUUUUAUUAAGAGAUGUACUACUGUUUUAAUAGCCAAGGCAAAGAAGUUGUUUGCAGAUUUUUUAGAUGGAGGGAAAUAUUUUAAUGCAUGUUCAAAGAAUUUUUUUAAAGAAUGUUCAUCCUGUUCUACAAAUAAUAUCAGUAUUGAAAGACUAAUGGGUCAAUUAGAUUUUAAAGUGAAAUAUGCUGCCACAUCAUCUGUAAAUACUAUUGAGAGUGUUUUAAUGUUUAACAAUAAUGAUACUAUAAAUUGGUUGGCAAAGAAAAGUGAGGAUAAUCAGAGACAAAUUAUUAAUAAUGCAAGAAAAGAAAGUAGAACAUUUUUAUUAGAAAAUAGAAGAAGAAAAGAAGAUUUAUUACAGAAACAUUUACAAAUUAUAAGAGAAAAGGAGGAAGAGACAAAGAAGAAGAAGGAACGACAGACUGAAGCAAUUGACAAGGCAUUAGAGGAUAUUAAUAUUCAUGGACUGUGGCAAUCGGAGGAGGAGAUAAGUCAUAGAUUAAGUCAACUAAAAACAAAGAAAGAGAAAAUGACAGCCUUGAAGACCCAGAUUAAUAUAUAUAAAAAGAAAUGGGUUUAUAAACAAGGAAUUUGA